CCUCCCUUCCCAGCGGCUCGCCCGGCAGCCUGACUGGCCUGGGAGACUCCCCGCGCCCGGGCCGGGGGCCCCGGAGGGCCGCGAUGGCCUGAGUGCCCGCGGCGCGGCGGCGCGGCGGCCGGUGUGCGACAUGGGGAACCAGGAUGGGAAGCUCAAGAGGAGCGCAGGUGAUGCCUCCCACGAAGGCGGCGGCGGCGCGGAGGAUGCGGUUGGGCCCAGGGAUGUGGAGGCCACAAAGAAGGGGAGCGGGAGCAAGAAGGCGCCGGGCCGGCACGGCAAGGGGGGCGGCGGCGGCGGCGGCGGCGGCGGCGGGGAGCCCGGCAAGAAGAAGAGCAAGUCGGAGUCCAGAGCCUCGGUGUUCUCCAACCUCAGGAUCAGGAAGAACCUGUCCAAGGGAAAAGGCGCCGGCGGCUCCCGCGAGAAUGUGCUGGACUCCCAGGCCCUGCAGACCGGGGAGCUGGACAGCGCUCCCUCCCUGAUCACCAAGACCCCGGACCUCAGCCUGUCCGCGGACGAAACCGGCCUGUCGGAUACGGAGGGUGCCGACCCUUUUGAGGUGACCCGUCCGGGUGGCCCUAAGCCGGCGGAGGCUGGGGCUGGGGGCCAGGCUGUGGCCGAGGAUUUGGAAACUGCGGCAGGGGCGCAGGAUGGACAAAGGACCAGUUCCGGCUCGGACACGGACAUCUACAGCUUCCACUCGGCUACGGAGCAAGAGGAUUUGCUCUCAGACAUCCAGCAGGCGAUCCGCCUGCAGCACCUCCACGGCGCCCAGGAGCCAGCGGUGUCCCCCGUCGCCACCUCCCCACAGCCCGGGGCUUUCCUGGGCCUGGACCGAUUCCUGCUGGGGACGAGCGGCGUGGCUGGGGAGGCCCCGGGCAGUCCGGACACGGAGCCGCCGCUGUCAGCGCUCUCUGACCUGCCCGAGAGCCCGGUCGCUGAGCCCCCGGUGCCCGAGCCCCCGCCGCCCCCCAGCGGCCGCCGAGCCGCGGAGGCGCCCGUCCUGCCGGUGGCUCAGCCCACGGCCGUGGACUCCGCACCCUCGUCCACCGUCUUCCAGUUUCCCGAAGCCGGGCCCGGAGCGGGCGCGGCCAGAGCCCCUGUGCAGGGGGCUGGGGACACGGAUGAGGAAGGCGAGGAGGAUGCUUUUGAGGAUGCUCCCCGAGGCUCCCCGGGGGAGGAGUGGGGCCUGGCGGUGGAAAAGGCCUCGCAGGGGCUGGGGGGAGAGCCGGAGGAGGGGGCGCGAGGGCCCUGCGCGCCCGCGGCCGCCUCGCUGCCCGGCAGCCCGGCGCCCAGCCCGCGCUGCUCCAAGCCCUACCCGCUCAUCACCCCCUGCUACAUCAAGACCACCACCCGGCAGCUCAGCUCGCCCAAUCACUCCCCGUCGCAGUCCCCCGACCAGAGCCCCAGGAUCAAGAGGCGGCUGGAGCCCUCCGUGAGCCGGGGACCCAGAGCUGCCCUCGCCUCCGCGGCCGCCCCGGCCAAGAAGCACCGGGCCGACGGCAGCCUCGCGGGCGGCCUCAGCCGCUCUGCCGACUGGACGGAGGAGCUGGACGCUGACGCGCCGCGGGAGGGAGGCUCGGCACACCUGCUGGAGCGCGGGGCGGCCGCCGACGGCGGGACGCCCCCGGCGACGGCGGCCAAGGCGUCGGGGGCGCAGGCGGCCGCGGACGGCUUCCAGAACGUGUUCACGGGGCGGACUCUGCUGGAGAAGCUGUUCAGCCAGCAGGAGAACGGACCUCCGGAAGAGGCGGAGAAGUUUUGCUCCCGCAUCCUCGCCAUGGGUCUUCUCCUUCCCUUCAGCGACUGCUUCAGGGAGCCGUGCGGCCAGAACGCCCAGUCGAGCUCGGCUCCCUUCGACCAAGAUCAACUUUACACCUGGGCUGCCGUGAGUCAGCCCACACACUCGCUGGACGACACGGAAGGGCAGUUCCCCAGGCGAGUCCCGUCUGUCCGGCCACCGCCUGAUGCCGCUGGCGAAGAACGCAGGCCCGAGGAUGCUGAAGCAGAAUCCCAGUCUCCUGUUUCAGAAACUCUGAAAAACUGUUCAGACGCUGUUCAGCAGGAAGUUGUGGACAUGAAGUCCGAGGGACAGGCGACCGUGAUUCAGCAGCUGGAGCAGACCAUCGAGGACCUGAGGACCAAAAUCGCUGAACUGGAGAAGCAGUACCCUGCUGCGGACACGGGCGUGGCCAGCGGCCGGCCUGGUGUCCAGAACGGAGUGGCGCCCUCGGACGAGGUCUGCCUGGAAGCUCUCAGGUUAGGACACACGGAUGUACAGCCUCAAAGGAUUUUACGGGCACAGUCGAUCCAGACGUCCCCGACGGAGGAAGGGGGGUUCGCGGCGCUGCCUUCUGUGACUGCGCUGCCAGAGCCUCCCUCCUGGCCACCAGGGGCUGAGAGCGGAGUCGCGGCCGUGCCACCCCCGCCUUCGGGACCUCAGACAAAAUUCUGUUCGGAGAUUUCUUUGAUUGUGUCUCCAAGGCAAAUAUCAGUGCAACUCAACGCACCUCAGUCCACCCAGCCUCCGCCACCGCCACCCCUGCCGCGGCCGGACGGUCAGGCACAGGCCGCUCCCGGGCCUUCCCAGCCUUCUUUCCAGACUCAGCUUGACACCAGCCACGAACAGUCUGUGUCAUCGCCCUUUGAGGACAGCCCAAACGUCCCACCCCCGCCGCCCCUGCCUUGCACUGGGUCUUCCAGCUCCAUGCCUGGCCUGGGCGUGGUGCCUCCCCCGCCCCCUCCCCUCAGUACCGCAGUCCCUUCACCUCCGUUUAUGCCCAGUACAGAGAUGCUGCCACCCCCUCCCCCACCUUUGCCCGGUGAGGGGAUACCUCCUCCCCCUCCUCUUCCCGGAGUGGGAAUACCUCCUCCCCCUCCUCUUCCUGGAGUGGGGGUGCCCCCUCCCCCACCUUUGCCUGGUGAGGGGAUACCUCCUCCCCCUCCCCUUCCCGGAAUGGGGGUGCCCCCUCCCCCACCCCUUCCUGGAAUGGGUGUACCUCCUCCCCCUCCUCUUCCCAGUGUGGGAAUACCUCCUCCCCCACCUCUUCCCGGAAUGGGGAUACCCCCUCCUCCACCUCUUCCAGGAAUGGGGAUACCCCCUCCCCCUCCCCCUCCCCCUCUUCCCGGAAUGGAGGUACCCCCUCCCCCUCCUCUUCCCAGUGUGGGAAUACCUCCUCCCCCACCUCUUCCCGGAAUGGGGAUACCCCCUCCCCCUCCUCUUCCCAGUGUGGGAAUACCCCCUCCCCCACCUCUUCCCAGUGUGGGAAUACCUCCUCCCCCACCUCUUCCCGGAAUGGGGAUACCCCCUCCUCCUCCUCUUCCCAGUGUGGGAAUACCCCCUCCCCCACCUCUUCCUGGAAUGGGGAUACCUCCUCCCCCACCUCUUCCCGGAAUGGGGAUACCCCCUCCCCCUCCUCUUCCCGGAGUGGGGAUACCCCCACCUCCUCCUUUGCCAGGUGGGGGCAUUCCACCUGCUCCGGCUCCUCCUCCCGGUCCUGGAACAGGCGUCCCUGCACCCCCACCCCCACCCCCACCCCCACCCGCUCUGCUUCCUGGAUCCGGCCCCCCACUCCCCCCGCAAGUUGCGGGUGGCACUUUACCAGCACCACAGGUGUGUGGAUUUCUUCCCCCUCCGAUGCCGACGGGCUGGUUUGGCUUAGGGAUGAACCAGGACAAAGGGAGCAGGAAGCAGCCCAUUGAGCCUUGUCGGCCGAUGAAGCCUCUGUACUGGACGAGAAUUCAGCUGCACAGCAAAAGAGACUCCAGUGCUUCGCUUAUUUGGGAAAAAAUUGAAGAGCCAUCCAUAGAUUGUCACGAAUUUGAGGAAUUGUUUUCGAAAACUGCUGUGAAGGAAAGGAAGAAACCUAUUUCCGACACCAUCACGAAGACCAAGGCUAAACAAGUUGUCAAGUUAUUAAGCAACAAAAGGUCACAAGCAGUUGGAAUAUUAAUGUCUAGCCUCCAUUUAGAUAUGAAAGACAUACAACAUGCUGUUGUGAACUUGGACAAUUCUGUGGUUGAUCUGGAGACUCUGCAAGCUCUCUAUGAGAAUAGGGCACAGUCAGACGAACUGGAAAAAAUUGAAAAGCAUGGCCGGUCCUCCAAAGACAAGGAAAACGCCAAGUCUCUGGACAAGCCCGAACAGUUUCUUUAUGAGCUGUCCCUCAUCCCCAACUUUUCCGAGCGAGUCUUUUGCAUCCUGUUCCAGUCCACAUUUUCAGAGAGCAUUUGCUCAAUUCGUCGCAAACUGGAGUUGCUGCAGAAGUUAUGUGAGACCUUGAAAAAUGGCCCCGGGGUGAUGCAGGUUCUGGGCUUGGUAUUGGCCUUUGGCAACUACAUGAAUGGUGGGAAUAAGACUCGGGGGCAGGCGGACGGCUUCGGGUUGGACAUUCUCCCGAAGCUCAAAGACGUCAAGAGCAGUGACAAUAGCAGAAGCCUUUUGUCAUACAUUGUCUCCUAUUAUCUUCGGAAUUUUGACGAGGAUGCCGGAAAAGAACAGUGUGUUUUCCCGUUACCGGAACCCCAGGACCUUUUCCAGGCGUCCCAGAUGAAGUUUGAAGAUUUUCAAAAAGAUCUCAGAAAACUAAAGAAAGACUUGAAAGCCUGCGAGGUGGAAGCGGGGAAGGUGUACCAGGUGUCCUCGACGGAGCACAUCCAGCCCUUCAAGGAAAACAUGGAGCGGUUUAUUGUUCAAGCUAAAAUUGACCAGGAGGCAGAGGAGAACUCACUAACAGAGACUCAUAAAUGCUUUCUGGAGACCACAGCCUAUUUCUUCAUGAAACCAAAAAUUGGAGAGAAGGAGGUGUCCCCGAAUGUUUUUUUCAGUAUCUGGCAUGAAUUCAGCUCGGACUUUAAAGACUUUUGGAAGAAAGAGAACAAGCUCAUUCUGCAAGAGAGAGUUAAAGAAGCCGAAGAGGUGUGCAGGCAGAAAAAGGGGAAAUCACUGUAUAAAAUAAAGCCAAGGCAUGACUCUGGAAUUAAAGCAAAGAUAAGCAUGAAAACGUGAACACAGAAAAGCAGACGAGAAUGAGUCUCUCUCUAACCACUUACAACUUGUUCCGCUGACCUGGAGGCGGGAAGGAAACUACAUCAUUUGGAUCAUUUUUCUUCUUUACCUCUUGCAUAGUCUUUGUGUUUUCUAGACAGUCCACCAAUGGUUGAAUUUUACUGUACAUUCAUAUAAAAAUGCAAAAGCAGUAGACCCGUGGAGAAUUUGACACCUUUUCCUUUUUGUAAAAGUUUUUGGUAUUCUGCCGAUAGACCGAAACAGCAUGUGUAAGAGGCGGUGUCUGCAUUAAUUCCAAACAUGCUACACAGGUACCUAAAGUUGACCUUUGUGAGAAUACUCCAUAUACAGCACAAUUCUUUCCUUUCUACUGACAACCAGUACUCCACAUCGCUGCAUUUAGAUUUAUGGUUAAAAUGUUAUUUCUAGUGAAUUCUGUCACUUUCACAUCUACGUAUACAUUUUCGAUUCUAAAACUUAAGUCCUAUUUAUGUGUCAUAAUUGAGGCUUUCCCAACUUUUAGAGUUGCUCUCCAUAAAUCUAUAUUUGUGAAAGAAAGAUGAUAAUUUUUUAAUUCAUCAGAUAAUGGGUAGAAAAAAAUAGCAGAAGGAAAUCCCUUUCCUGUGAAUCAUUUAAUAUAGGCAGGAAUCCGAGUUCUGUUUAUCAAGGGCUUGUAUCAGGCUGUCGUCGGAGACCCUGCACAAAACUAAUCUGUAGCAGAAGGAAGUGAAACUAAAGGCGUGCGUCUCUGUACCUUUGCCAUUGCUUUGCACAAAGAAAAUAGGACUCAAUAUUUUGAAGGAAUCUAACUAAAUGAUGCUUAUAAAAUUGCCAAACAUGACUAAUUUUUGGCCAGGGGGAAAAAAAAGUAACUUCUUGGAGAGAUUGGCAUCUACUUAGAGCUUGUUAGUUAAACACACCUGCCUGGACAUUUUGACAUCAUGUGCUGGGGUUGUCUCUGUGUGUUACAGCAGGUGAUUAAAAGCUGCAAAAUGAGUAUGCAGUGAUUCAUUAUCUGAGGGAGCCUAGGAAAGAAUUUAUUGUAUGUUGUGGGGGAAAAAUUAAAUCUCCUACUUUUCUGAGGAUACUUAUAGUCAGCUUAUGACGCAUUGUGAUGGUUUUAGCUGACAUUAAUAGGUGUGGUUUUUAAAGAUUAAUGAUAUUUGUUGGGGGUUAUGGUGGUUAAAGGGGAGAAUUUAUUGCAAACCAAUUAUGGAAAGCAACUCAAAAAGAGAAUGUUCUGACUCAUAACUAUGUAUUUAUGUAAAGUACGGUCAUUUACCAUUUAGUUUGUCGUUUAAGUGCUAAGAAACAGCAGUGGGUUUUUUGGUUGUAGUUUUGUAGUCUUCCUGUCUUCUUCACUCCCUCCGAUGUGUAUAUUAAUAUUCUUCAAUGAAAAUAUAGGGCAUUUAACAAAGAUCGCUAUGUGCAAUACUGUAUUUAGUGUUUCUAUUUCAAUUUUUUAGAAUGUUAAUUUAUAUGAAAAUAA